AUGUUCUCUUACAGAAUGAUUGAUCGGGUGAUUUUUGCCAUUUUGCCCCUUUUUCACUUGAGAAUGGUAACAGGAGGAUGGCCUGGGAAUAAAACAUUCUGGCAUUCCUGCCCUGCUUACUGUAACUGUUCUUUCAUAGACUACACUGCCAUGGCCAAAUGUGAUUUGCAAAUGAUGGACAAGUGUGAAAAUUUCGUUCUUCCCAACAACAUCAUGAUGUUAGAUUUAUCCAAAAACAAUUUGGUUGAAGUUCCGUCCUGUGUACUGAACAGAAGUAAAAGUAUCUCCUCUUUGAUUCUUUUAGGAAAUAAUAUUGGUGUCAUUGAAGAAGGAACUUUUCCAAUUAUGCCAAAUCUUCUACGCUUAGACUUGUCCUUUAAUGACCUCCGCGAAUGGAGAGGAGAUAUCGCUAACACCCUUCCCUCCCUACAGACAGUAGAAUUCACAGGAAACCAUUUAUACUUCCCAGAAAAGAAUCUUUUUGAAGUUCACAACCUUAAAGAAAUUAGAGGGAUCACGUGGAAUAUUAAUUGCGCUAACUGCACAUUGAUUAACACUAAAAUACUUGUCAGCUCAAAUGAAAGUGACCUGGCGUGCAUAGUGACAUCAGAGGAGUAUGUUUUUUCGGAAGAGAUUGAAUAUGGAAGGUCACUUCUCUUCGUAAAACGAGGGUUUUCACCAAAAUGCUUAUGUGAGUCAGACAAUUGCGUCGCGGAAGAAAUUUACUUGCCUUAUGAGCUCACACUCAACACGUUACCAAGAAAGUUAUUUUACACUGAGUACAUUCUAGGUGCCAUUGCAAUAAUCUUAAACCUUGUCGUCAUGUUUAUUUCGUUCGGAUGCCGUUCGCUUCGCACUAGCACUUCCUUCAUUUUGCUAGGAAAUAUCAGUGUUUGUGACAUCUUUAUGGGUGUUUACUCAGUCUUAAUAGCCAGAUACACCGUAUAUGAAUUUAUAGUUAACGCGGGCAACUACCCUAGGAUGGACGUAUUUGUUAAUGAUUACUGUACCAUAAUGGGAGUUAUUUUCACGACGGCUCAAAUAGUCUCAGUUUCAAGCUCUCUUUUGGCAACGGUGGAGCGUUAUUUAUCGAUAGUGCAUUGCAUGAAUCCGGGAGUAAGGUUGAGAAAGACCACUGCACUUAAGUGUGUGACGGGAAUAUGGUGUGCUGCGAUCGCCUACUCGCUUCUGCCGGUUUUCCAAGUUGGUGGUUUGAGAUAUCAUGGCGAAUUCACAUGCAUGAUGCCAUUUGUGAACGGGCCUGAUCAACAGGACACGUCAGAGGCUGGCCUCGCUGUUGCAGCCCUGCUUGUUUUGUUUUAUGUCAUUAGCAUUGCUUUAUACUUUCACAUCUUUCUCCAUGUUAGAAAAGCAGGCAUGAGUGCCGGUGUAAAGCGAAAGGCUACCUUGGCUAAGAACAUUUCAAUAAUGGUUUUUACAAACUUCAUAUUCUUCAUAUCACCAAUGGUAUGCACUUUACUGUUUGUGUACAGGUCUGAACAACUCUUCAAAGCUUUCAGUAUAAGCACUUUACGAAGCCUUAAAACUUAUUUUAUCAUGCUCUCCUGGGCUCCAGUUGUGUUUAUCAGCUUCAAUUCUUGCUUAAACCCUUGCCUGUGUGCAUUCAGACAUCCAAAAUUCCGAAAAGAGAUUAAAGUUUAUGUUGAGAAGCUUCAGUGCUCUUUUUUGCGACGAUCUCAGCACAAUUUGCCCCAGGUAUGGACGCUUACAGCUGCGGAACGACUGGAACUUACCUCAACAAAUGUUAUUGUUGGAAAUGACAAUGUUAGCUGUGAGACUUAUAGAGCACUGGAAACUUUGAACUGAACCUGAAGCGGAUGGAGAUUUUCCUUAACUGCCU